AUGAAGCUUUCCUUCGCUGCCGUGCUUCUCUCCGCCUUUGCUCUUCCUGCUUUCGCGACGCAGGUCCAAGUCACCUACGACAACUUCUAUGACAAUGCAGCCACUUCCCUCAGCAAUGUCGCUUGCUCUAACGGUGCCAAUGGCCUGUUGACAAAGGGCUUCACAACCCUCGGCUCUCUUCCGUCUUUCCCCAAUGUUGGGGGUGUUCCAAAUGUCACUUGGAAUUCGCCUCUAUGUGGUUCCUGCUGGGAGUUGCAGUACACCACUACUGGGAUAUCCGAGAGCAUCUACAUUACCGCUAUUGAUGCAGGGUUUACAUUCGAUCUGUCCCUUCCGGCAUUUGAUGAAUUGACAGCCAACACUGGUGUCCCUGCGGGCAAGGUCACUGCUACCGCCACCCAGGUAGCCGAGAGCUUCUGUGGCUUGUAA